ACAAGUAGGGCACAGACAGAACCUCAUCACUCUGGUGUCAUCCUUAAGAACAAAUGUUAACAAGGCUUUCGAUUCUUCCUAGUUUUAAGUGACAGGGAAUCUGAAGUCUGGUGUUCAUUAGCUUAGCAGACGAGAAGAGUAGGCAUCACUUUGCAAUUGGCUACAUGUGAAUAGAGAAGUGGCAUUUCAGGUGGGAGGUGGCAGGAGUGAAAGUGUACUUCUCAUUCAAAAGUCAAACAGAGGAAGGAAAACAUCUUGUGAGAAACCAGCUGCAGUGAUCCAGGAGUCAGCAAGCAACAAUGGCACAGCAGAAAUUUAAACUUACAGAUCCCAUUCUAAGCCAUGCAGCUGAAAACAUUUCCAAAACGACGGAUUCAUCAAGGACUGUCACCAUUCAAAUUUCAAACUAUAGUGGAAAUUUCAUUCUGAGAAAUCCAAGAUACUACAUUUUAAGUGGAUUAAAUAUCUCUCCUCCUCCGACAAUCAUUGAACAAGACAUGGCUGCUGUGAUGACUUUCGUCAAGACACCACUUGUACCGCGGGGUUGCGUGGGCCUUUUGACCUAUGAGAUCUUUGAGGAAAGAGAGCGCAAAGCAACCAGAUCUCUUGCCGCCAUGUUCAGCAACCCUUUCGACUACAACCUGUACAACAUUUGGUUUGCUGUUGGGUUUGCCUUUGCCGAUGAAGACUGUGAUGAAAAUCUAUUCAACGAAAUGUAUCACGAGGAGGGGGAUGGAAGAUUUUCCCGCGCAAAGGCUUCGAAUGAAAUCAGUCAUACUGCUUGUAAUGUAGAAAUAAAGGCCAAAAUGACAGCUUUGCCCAAUUCUGUGCUGAAGAUCGAAGUACAUGACCUCUAUUAACACGUUUAGGGCCUUACAAUCCCAAACUCUAGAUCUUUGGGGGAACAAUAACCAGUGUUUUUGCAAAAAUAAUUCUAAAAUUGUAAACAUCAGGAAUCAGAUUCCAGAGAACGAGACGCAGAACUUGCCAAUAAAAUAAAGUGUGUAAUUUAGAUAAAGGUAAAUAAUACAUUCUAAUUUUUGGCAUUCUUCAUAAGGCAAUAAAAUAUGAGGAAGGGAUUCAAUGAGAAUAAAAUUAUAAUAGCUGUAUAUCCUGAUAUUAUGAAAAUGAAAAUUUAAUGUCACAGAGAACUUGUUAAGUAGGGAAACACAAUGACAUACUUAUUAAUUUAUAAACUUCUUUGUUUUAUCUCCUCACAUAAUAAAAUAUUGGCAGCUGAUGUCA